AGAUUUAAAUUGGAUUGCAGAGUGGCACAGAGGCAGCGUACUGUAUGAAGUGACUGGAGGGGCAGAUUUCCUGCCCGUCAAAUCUAUCUAAGGCUCUGUGGACUGUAAAAAUAAAGCUAACCAGUUUUGGAUACUGACCAGCCCCUCUCCCUAUUGGCUAACGCAUACCCACUAGAUCAACUGGCUAUAGUGUGUCACUGAGGAGAGAGACAGAGAGAAAAGUAGGUGGUAUUUUUCUGGGUAAUGGGGAAGAGGAUAUACUUAAGGAUGGUUUUAGUUUCGGGGGUAAUAGAAAGAGUCUUGGGGUUAUAUUGGAUCUGGGUUUUUUGUAGGGUUUAAGGGAUCGGGCUUAGAUUUUAAAGAAAAAGGCAAGGCAAGACAAGGGGAGAGAGAGAGAGAGAAAAGUAAAAGAUGUGGUCUUUCUCAUAUACACAGAUCCCUAUGGAAUGCAGGGGUGCUCCCCAGCAUUGCUUGCUCGAAUUCAUUCCUUUUGUUUAGUUUAAAGAGACCAGUUUUGUUCUCUUCAGAGAGGGAAUUUUUAUGGGUGAUUGCAUGGAGUGAAGGGUUUUUGGGUCAGAGGGAAAUUUUCUUGCGAUGAAUUCGUGCUGCUAGACAACAAAAAUAUAAAAACCAAGCUUUCAUAUUGAUGGAGGGAAAAGAUUUCGGGUAUGAUUUGUUUAUUUCCUUCCCAAUGAUUGAGUUGCCUUGCAGCAAGUGAGAGAUACUUCUAAGGGGUUUUAAGAAAAGGAGAGAGAGAGAGAAAAAGAGACUGAGAGAGAGCAAGAAGAUGAAAUCGAUGAAUGAUAAUAACAAUGGCAGCAAUAAUAACUGGCUGGGAUUCUCCCUCUCACCCCACAUGAAAAUGGAGGUUGCUUCUGACCCCCAACAUCAUCAUCACCACCAGUACCAUCAUGAAAGCCCGGCUCCUUCAGUUGCUUCCGUCGCUGUUUCUAGUGCUGUUCCAACAAGCUUCUAUCUGUCCUCAUCUCAGUUCGACAGCCCUGGAAUCUGUUAUGGGGUUGGAGAAAAUGUUGGCUUUCAGUCAUCCUUGUCUGUUAUGCCACUUAAGUCUGAUGGGUCGCUUUGCAUUAUGGAAGCUCUAACUAGAUCACAACCCGAAGGGAUAGUGCCAAGUUCAUCACCAAAACUAGAGGACUUUCUGGGUGGUGCAACUAUGGAAACUCAGCAGUACGGCAGCCACGAAAGGGAAACAAUGGCCUUAAGCCUAGACAGCAUGUAUUAUCAUCAAAACACAGAGCCAGAAAACAAUAGGCAAAAUGCUGUUGACCUUCACGAAACUUACAGGCAACAAGACCAAGAGUUCUCUGUUCAAACUCAUCCAUAUUACAGUGGAAUAGCAUGCCAUGGGAUGUACCAGGCCUCACUGGAGGAAGCAACCAAGGAUAGCCAACUUUCCGAUUGUGAAUCCCAGAUGCCUCAAAUAGGAGAUGAUGGGAUGCCUUGUUUGAAGAACUGGGUUGCUAGGCAAUAUUCCACCCAUAAUGCACUGGAGCAGCAACUCACUAGCAGCAUGGUUGAUGACGGAGGAGCUUCCGGGUCUGUUAGUUCUAUGGGUUGUGGGGAUAUACAAUCUCUCAGCUUAUCCAUGAUCCCUGGUUCUCAGUCCAGUUGUGUUACAGCGCCGAGACAGAUCUCACCUACUGCCACUGAAUGUAUGACUAUGGAAACAAAGAAGAGAGGGCCUGCAAAAGUGGGUCAAAAGCAGCCUGUUCAUAGGAAGUCCAUAGACACGUUUGGGCAAAGAACAUCACAGUAUAGAGGUGUUACCAGACAUAGAUGGACGGGUAGAUAUGAAGCCCAUCUCUGGGAUAAUAGUUGCAAGAAGGAGGGCCAGACCAGGAAAGGAAGGCAAGUUUAUCUAGGGGGAUAUGAUAUGGAGGAGAAAGCUGCAAGGGCUUAUGAUCUUGCUGCCCUCAAGUACUGGGGUCCUUCUACACAUAUCAAUUUUCCGUUGGAAAAUUACCAGGAAGAGCUUGAAGAGAUGAAGAACAUGAGCCGACAAGAAUACGUUGCGCAUUUACGAAGGAAAAGUAGUGGGUUCUCCAGGGGGGCCUCAAUGUACAGAGGAGUAACAAGACAUCACCAGCAUGGAAGAUGGCAAGCGAGGAUAGGAAGGGUUGCAGGAAACAAGGACCUUUAUCUUGGGACGUUCAGCACCCAAGAGGAAGCGGCUGAAGCUUAUGAUAUCGCAGCGAUCAAGUUUCGCGGGGUUAAUGCUGUGACUAAUUUUGACAUAACAAGAUAUGAUGUUGGGAGGAUCAUGGCAAGUAACACUCUGCUCGCCGGAGAGUUAGCCAGGCGAAACAAGGAGACUGAAACGAGUAAUGGGGCAAUUGACUAUAACCCACCAGCACAGAACAGUGGUGAAACUAUACAGAUUCCUAAUAGCAGUAGCUCGGAUUGGAAAGUGGUUAUGUACGAGUCACCGCAGCAGCCACAGCCCAGUGCAUGCGUUGAUUCGCAUGAUCACAAGUUGGGGAAUUAUCGAAGUUCCCCGUAUUCAAUGGCGAUGCAAGAUCUUAUCGGUGUUGAUUCAGUGAACUGUAGCCAGCCUGCAGUGGUGAGUGAAUCAGCCACAAAACUAGGGACCCAUUCCUCGAAUACGUCAUCGUUGGUGACCAGUUUGAGCAGCUCGAGAGAAGCUAGCCCAGAUAAAACUGGCAACCCAAUGCUGUUUGCUAGGCCUCCACUGGCAUCAAAGUUCAUUACCUCAACAAAUGGAGCUAGUCCAUGGUUCCAAACAGCAGCAACCCAGCUGAGGCCAGCAGCAAUUUCCAUGUCUCACUUGCCAGUUUUUGCAGCUUGGAACGAUACCUAAAAAAUUAUGUGUUUUGCUAAAACAGAUGAAGUUCUUGCAUGGAGAAAAAGCAAGGAAGGUGGUGAAGUAGGAAUUUUUCCAUUAUGUUUUUAUCUUUUCUAGGUUGUUAGUGGAGGAAAUUGGAGAUUAAUGCAAAAACACAAUGGUGGGGGCCAAUUAUCUUGUCUGUGACCCAAGUGUAAGAAACUUUUAGCAAAUAUGGACCUUUUGGCUCAUAUUGGAAUGCAAGAUUUUGCAAAAUUGGGAGAAGGGAUUAAUGAUUAAAUAGAUGUUGGCCCCAUAUAUAAUAUAUAAAUCUAUGAAUGAAUCCUUUUUUUAAUGUGCUGCUAA